AUGCCACCCCAACCAACAGGUCCACCAACCACGGCCACGACCACGACCACGACCACCACAACGACAUCAACAUCAAAACCACCCGUAACACUCCCGCCGUCAACGCACCUGGACUCGGGAGCCUACGUCCGCGGCACGCACGCGAUAACCCUAGGAGAAGAUAACCUAAUCCACGCACGCGCCCAACUGAUCGCAAUCCAUGGCCCACUCAUAGUCUCCGACCGAUGCAUCAUCAGUGAGAAAUGCAUCAUCGGCGGUCCUGUGCCUGUGCCGGCGCCUCCCUCGAGCACCACCACAGCUGACGCAAAAGCUAGCCCGUCACUCGGCCCCGCGACAACUCCCAAAUCCACUGGAGACGAUGACGACGACGAGGAAGAACCCGACCCAGUGAAAACGCUCCUCGGCAACUCCGUGUACAUCCACGCGGGGGCUCACGUGCACGCGGGCGCGACGAUCCAGGACGCCGUGAUUCUGGAGCCGAACGUGAGUGUCCUCGCGGGCGUGACGGUUGGUGCGCAUUCGAAGGUCUGCGCCGGGCUGACGGUUGAGCGCGACGUCGCUCCGUGGACGGUCGUGAUGGGUAAUGGCGAUGUGCAUCGACGUCGUGGCCGGGGGAAGAAGGCCCCUCGGCCCCGUGAUGCCGAGGAUGAUGAUGACGACGGCGGUCUCACUGCGCUAGUUGAGACUAUGCGUCUGCAGGCCAUGGAUAAGGAGCGUGAGGGCACGGUCCUCAUGUACCGCACUGCGCUCCGCGUGGCGACUCUGGCGAAGAAGAAAUGA